CAAAUUAUAAAAAAAUUAAAAAUGAGUGCCGCAUCUCCUUUUAAAGAUAUUUCGGUUCCUGAAGUUGAAGCUAGCUAUGAAAAUAUAGUUGAAGCUUUAAACAGUACAUCUAAAGAGUCAAUAGCAAUGAUCCAUGCUUGGGAAAGAAAUUCAGUUAAAUAUUAUGAGCAGUUAACUGAAAUGGUCAGUAAUUGAGAGGGGGAUUUGCAACUCCAAUCUAUUAUUUGAAUGAAGAACUCUCUUGCAAGAUCUAUCAAAAAUGCUACUGCUAAUCCAAAGAAAAGGCCUAUCGUUCUUACAAAUAACGACUUGAAAGAGAAAUUGAAGAAGUACUUGAUCUCUCUAAUCCCUCUUGCUCCUAAAUCUCUCCCAUUCAACAUCUUUAGUCAAACACUAGAUAUAAUUUGCGUAUUUGUUAGACUUGAUUACCCAGUCAAAUGGCCUGCUUUAACCGACCACAUCUUUAAUUCAUUAGAUUCCAUCUGAGAAAAUCUGAGCUCGAUUAAUGAAGACAACAUUGAAGAGCUCUACAGAUUCCUCAUGCUAUAUCUACAGGUUCUAAAGCAACAGAGUGAAAAAUAAGAUUCCUAUGAAGAAAGCUCCAUUUAUAAAGCAGGCAAAGACUCAUCUCCAAAAAUUGUUUCUUCUCUGGAAAAACAUAUCCCUUGGAAGAUAUUCCUCGAUGACAUCUGAAGAAUUCAGCAAGAAUGACGAAGCCAUUUUUGAAAUUUCCAAACUUAUGGAUAAAUGAGCCAUCUAUAUUAUGAUCUGAGGAUUCACAAUAAACGACCUCGGAGUAGAGGAAGGCAAUGUGUAUAUUGAAGUCAUCCAAGCUCUUGUUGAAAAAUUAGUAUUUCUCAAAGAAACAACAGCUGAUUUAUUUUGCAAAUCCACCGCAAUACAGAAUGGAAGUGAAGAUAAAUUGCUUGAGUGUUUUUAUAAAGUACUAAAAAGCUUAAUUUUUAAUCUCUCUGGCUUCCAAUACUCUGAGCCCUUGAUGUUUUAUACCUCCCUGAAACCUUACUUAGAAACUUGAAUAACAAUCCUGGCUAAAAACACUUGCUUUAAUGAUAAAUGCCAAAAAGUGGCUCUCUUGGCAAUUAAAUAAUGUGGUGAACACAGUAAUCUACAAUCAUGUUGAAGCUGAGGAGCCUAACAACCAAGAUGGAUCUAGCAAUAUGAAUUAUUCCAAUAUUCCGGCUAAGUAUAAAAACUUUCAAGAAGAAUUCAACACAGUCGUUAGAAUUUAUCAGGAUAUAUUCACUCAAGAAAACAUUGUGAACCUUUUAAACUUGCUGGCAGGAAAAUAUCUUAAACUUGACUCUCUUAAUCUAUGGGAGGAUGACAAAGAGAAUUUUAUUGAGAUAGAAGACGAAUUGCAGUAUGGCAGAGAUACUAAAGUAGACAAAGAAUCAAACUAUAAUUUUAUAGCUUACGUCCUUUGUGAUAAAAUAUUUACUUUCUUCACUGAACAUUCUCAAGCAUGGCUAGGAGAGCAGAUUCAGUUUAUUCUUGAAAACCAAACUCCAAAUCAAAUCUUACUUGAUUAUUGAAAUGAUAAACUAGGAGAAGCAUCAGAAGAAGAAUAUCAGGGCCUCCUUCCACAACUGAUUGAGGAUGCUUUGCUCAGUCUUGCUGGAAUUCUUCCUAAUAUUUAUGACUAUAAAGGAGCUCAAUUCACUGAUUACUUAGACAUUGGAGUUAUUCUAAAUUACUUAGAGACAAGGAUCGGAGAUACAUCAUCAAAAAUUCUCAAAAGAAGAUAUUGUCUACUUCUUUCAUUAUGGGCUGGAAGAAUGAGCGCUGAAUCACUCAUAGAUUACCUUGCAAAAUCUUGAACCAUUCUAUUCUCUCAUGAAUCAACAGAUUUAGUCGUUAAAUUCAUUGCAAUGACAACUUUCAGAGACAUUCUGAGAAUAGUUGAAGAGCAAAGGAAGACUCAUAAGCAUAACUCAGUGUAUAGUGAGGAAUCUUUACACAGAAUUAUUCGAAAAUAUAACUCCGAUCUGUAUCGACGCCCUGAAUGAGUUCGAAUCUCCAAUGCAGAUAUGGAAGGUAUAGUAAACCUAAUCACAUUAUUGAUUGAAGGAUGUAAAGAAAAUUCUGGUGAAGGAGUUUUGGAGAAUUUCAAAAAUAUUGAUUUUAUGAGGAUAGUCAGUCUUGACUCUCCUCUCAUUAAAGAAGCUCUUUAUGAUAUGUGAAAGAAUCUGAUUUCAAUUUCACAUGAUUCUCUCUCGAUUUUUGAGAUAAAUUUUAAACUUCUUGAACACAACAUCCAAGUGAGCAUUGAUUAUGAUUUGUUCUUUCAUUGGCUAUAUCUGCUAAGAAUAUCAGACCUUGAGCAUAAUCCUAAUGCAGGUCAGAUAUGUCAACAAUUCAUUAACACAUAUGCCGAGCCUCUUUUGCAGUCAAAUUCAAGUCCCAAAUUUUCAGUUUUAACAAGUGAUAUAAUUCAUGAACACAUCCUAUCCAAUCUGAUCCCUCUUAGUGGAGACUCUUUGACAAUUCAAUCAUGUCUGGAGUUCCUCUUGGAACAAUGGCAACACUGGAACAAAGUCGAGAUUUCUCAAGGAGACUGCAGUGAUUCUAAUCUCAUGGAGAGAAAGGAACACUUGGUUAAAGUCCUUAUCACAAUAUUUAUGAAGUACAUAGAAGAUCCUAUGAGCGAAAGCAAGGAUGUAUUACUGCCAAUCUUAGAAAAGGCAUUCAUGAUUGGAGUAGAUGAAAUUGCUUCAGACAACUUUGACCCAUCAAUGCAACAUCUAAGCAGUUAUAUUACUCAACUAUUGAUCUUUGUUAAUAGAGGAAUAGUUAUAUUUGAAGAUAUCAGGAAGAACAUUUUUGAAUCUCAAGAUCAGAAGCAAAGCAUGCUGUUUUUGGAAAAAUGGUUCGAGAAGAUGAAUUUCUUAAUGCUAAACUUUGCAAGAAGAAUAAACCAGCUGGCUAUAAUUCAUGCUCUCCCUUUACUAGAUAAAGAAAUGAUCACUCUUGUAUUUCCGAAAAUGGCACCCUUGGUUUUUAAUGCAGUCGGAUCUGAUGUGUAUAUUAAAGAAACAGCAAAAUCAGAAGAUUUUUAUUCUCCUGAAAAAAUUGAAGGAUACGAAGUAGUGUCAAUGGUAAAGCAUGUAAAUGGAAAAACAAGCAAAAGGCUCGCUACUCUCAGACAGAAUGAUCCCCUUAUGAAGAUCAGUCUAGCUGAAUCAUUUAUUAAUAAUCUUCAGACAAUGUGAAUGAAAUACCAAGUUGAUGAGAAGGACUUAGGAGGACUCUUGGAUGAUGAAAAUCAAAAGAAAAAGUUUCAUGAUUUAGUAAAGUCAACAGCUAGAUACUUCAAAGAAUAG